CGGUUUUCUCCGGUCUAGACAUCACAUUAGCUGGGAGUCUGCUGCUUUAGCUCUGCAUUUUUACACAAAAUGUCAACCACGACCGGCGGUGUAGAGUUUGGCAACCCUUUAAGAAAGUUCAAGCUCGUUUUUCUGGGUGAACAGAGUGUUGGGAAGACCUCACUCAUUACCAGGUUUAUGUAUGACAGUUUUGACAACACUUACCAGGCAACAAUUGGUAUCGACUUCUUGUCAAAAACCAUGUACCUAGAAGAUCGCACGAUUCGGCUGCAGCUCUGGGACACAGCCGGACAAGAACGUUUCCGCAGCCUCAUCCCCAGUUACAUCCGCGACUCAGCUGCCGCUGUGGUGGUUUAUGACAUAGCCAAUCUUAAUUCAUUCCAGCAAACAUCAAAAUGGAUUGAUGAUGUUAGAACAGAGAGAGGGAGUGACGUCAUCAUUAUGCUUGUUGGAAAUAAAACGGACUUAGCGGAUAAAAGGCAAGUUUCUGUUGAGGCGGCCGAGAGGAAAGCUCGUGAGCUCAAUGUGAUGUACAUAGAGACCAGUGCCAAGGCUGGCUAUAACGUCAAGCAGCUGUUCCGACGUGUUGCAGCUGCAUUGCCUGGGAUGGACAGCACACCAGAGAAAAACAAAGAGGACAUGAUCGACAUCAAAUUGGAGAAGCAGCCAGAGAUGACUGUAACCGAGAGCAGCUGCUCCUGCUAGUACACUUCACCCCACCCAGCCUGCCCCCCCAACCAACACCAACAGCUUGUCUCUCAGUGGCCACUCUCUCCAUCCAUGGCAUCCUGCUGCUGUGAUGGAGAACUUGUCUUUUUCCUUUAUUUUUUUCUUCCUCCUUUCCAACUCAGUGACUUUUCAAAGUAACCGUGUGGAUGUGCAUUACUGUAUUGAAUCUGAUUAUCAUUGGGGGGGAAAUUAGUUCCGAAGCAAACAUUUAAGUCAGAGAAUAAGUUAAAUCGAUCUGUUUUCAUCCAGUUGCAUGGCAUUAUAUAGGACUGCAGACCGACAUAGCUAAGCGCUCGAGUUAUUGCACAGUACAGAUUCUUAGUGCUGUUACUCUUGUUGUACAGUUAAAUUGCUUGGGGUUAUGUAAACGAGCACGAGGUUCAAUUUCUCUGAUGUGUGUGUUUUUUAUUUCAGAAAAUGUUUGAUCUCUCUGAAAGCUCAUUUCUCACAUUUCCUCUCUCACUUUAGGAAAGUAGAGACCAAGUCUUGCCAGUCAGUCUGUACCUGUUUGAGAAACCCAAUCCCCUCAUUUGAGUCGAGUUUUCUUUUUGAAAUUCAAGAGGAUAAGUGGAACCAUUCUCUCUCUCUGUCACUUAAACGUCUUUAGAGUUAAGCUGCCAAACACACGAGUUGUGACAAAACAAACAGUCAACAUUUCAAAAACGGCUGCAAAAACAAAUAAGGGAAUACAAAGCGAAGGGAAGUCAGUCUGAAUUAACUAAAACGGUUACUAACCUUAAACUUUGCAUUAUAAAUUGUACCUGCUGUAGAUGUUGACUUUGCUGCACACAUACUAACACAUCUUAGGAGUGUUUGGGUACGAAAAGGCCCAUUUCUUUUUAUUUUUAUUAUUUUUUUCACUUCGAUGGAGAGCCGUCACGCUGGCUGCCGUGUGACGUAGCCGCCGACGGUUGGCGUUGUGUUGAUUACACUAUUACCAAGCAGCAUGCUCACCAUGCAGGACUUCUAUGGAUAAGAACACAGAUGCCUUGCUUGUUUGUUCACCACGUCGUGCACUGAAUCAAGCCACAAUGUUGUAAAAAUAUCAAAGGAGCCUGCUGACUGGUUCAUGGCUUCACUAGUUGUUUUGUAGAGCUGCUGAUAGAUGUCCUCAGAUGCAGCUGGCGCUUACUAACACCCUUGCUAUUUAAUAAAAAAAGAAAAAAAAACAAGUGCAGAGACGUUAGUUGCAGUAUCCUUUACUGUGUUGCUUUUUGCCUGUUUCAGACAGUUGGUUUUAUGCAUUUAUUUAUUUUAUAAACUUAACAGAUGACGUUGUACGCUUGACCAAAACUCCAGACGCUGACGAGCAUGUUGAAAGUUUUAUUUUAUUUAAUUUAUUGUUUGCGUCUUCGCCUGGGCUCCGCAUAAAGGGCGACAAUUUACGCCGUGGUGAUGUUUUCUCCUGUAGUUUGGUUUAUACUCAUGGGUAAAAGCUGCCCUGUCUCCACACACAACACACACACACACACAGUUUAACGUAAUCAAACUAAUAUUCAGAGCACAACAAAAGACAACGCUCAUUUACCAUUGCUUGUUUUGAAAUGUCAGCGUUUAAAAGGAUGAAUUUGAAAGUUUUAAGUGUUUAAUAAGAACAUUUUCUCAUAAGCAGCUCUUCUAUUGUCACUAACUAAAUACACAGCUUUGUGCUACUCUGAAUUGUGUUUGUCUAUUUGAAAUAUGAUGUCUACUCGUGUUUAGCAACGUUUGUGUGAAUAAUGUACUAUUACUAUCUUGUGUAUAAAAAGGAGAGUUAAUGAAACACAAGUGUAGGCUCUAUCACGUGGAAUAAAAUAAAGCUAUUUCACUGAAAUGCAAA